AUGUCGGCCGUCCAGGCCUCGCCCGACUUCAACCAGCAGCCCCAGCGCUCGCCCGACAACGACCUCGAGCUGCUGCUGCGCGUCGAGCUCGACCGCCGCGAGGACCUGGUCCGCCGUGUCAAGGCCGUCGCCCAGGGCUGGCGCGACGGCAUCCGCCACGACCGCACCCGCCACGACAAGCUGCUCAAGGAGUGGCGCAGGACCGGCGCCGUCCUGCCCGACGUCGGAAGGAGGGCCGAGAAGGAGGUGCAGAAGCUGCAGGACAAGAAGAUGAAGGAGAUUGACGCUGAGGAGGUGCGCGCCCUGAGACAGCUGGACCGCAAAUGA